UCGCCAGAGCCCGAGUGUAAACAACGAAUGAGAAUUAUUUUGAGCCCAUGAAUAAUCCUUCGCCCCAUUUGGUUACUGUUGGGAAAGUACCAUUGAUUUUGCGACAGUGCUGUUGUUGUUGAUCUGGUGCCAAGGGGGCGAGACUGCAAAGGAAAAGCUGAAUUAAGGAUCCGAGAGAGAAAUAGAGCAAGGGCGUGAAGGAAGGACCGAGGAAGCUUUCCAUUUUGGGACAUCCGACCCUAACCCAGAUUUUGAUGUUUUGGUUCGUCAUUCGCGCAUGCUGAGGUAUUCGCUGGUGCAUUUCCUUGGGGUUUUAGAAACCAAAUCAACAAAAACAAAUAAGAGGAGUUUGACGUGUUUCUUCUCAGCAAUUUGAUGUAAAAAUAAGACAAAAUGGACAACCAGAAUGGGUCAAAGCAGGUUCCAAGAAUUCGUAUCUUGAGUCUUGGAAAUCCAGGAGUAGGCAAGAGCUGUCUUAUCAAGAGAUACUGUGAGAAGCGGUUUGUGAAUAAAUACAUACCAACGGUGGGCAUUGACUAUGGUUCAACAACAGUGGAUGUCGAUGGACGCAAGAUAUCAGUUCAUUUCUUUGACACCUCUGGGAGCCCACUGUUCGAAGAGGUGCGAACAGAAUUCUACAGAGACAUGCAGGGGAUCUUGCUCACUUACGAUGUUACAGAUAGAUCGUCGUUUAUUGCCCUAGACGCGUGGAUGGCUGAGCUCAGACACAAUUUAGGAGGUCCUGAUGAGUGGAAUGUGGCGGUGGUAGUAUGUGGCACACGGACGGACACUGGUGGAACGGGUGGAAGACAGGUAUCAGAGGUGGAUGGCAAAAACUGGGCUGAGAAACACAACUUUUCACAUGUGUUGACAUCAGCAGCUCUCGGCAAUGGAAUCACGCAAGCUUUCCACACGCUCUUCGUACAAGCACUGCAGCUGAAGGAAGGGGUCCGUAGGCCAGGUGUUGUCUCAGGUUCAAUCGACCCUGAAGUGGUGCAGGCCAUUCACCGUUUGACACAUGCAAUUGAUGACUUUGACAAGAUGGGCAUCAGUCGGCGGGCAUUCUCUAGGGAUGAGGUGAACAAAUCGUACCGUCGUUUGGCAGCUCUUGUACAUCCCGACAAAUGCAAAGCACCCGGCGCAGAGGAGGCAUUCAAGGCUCUCACACAGGCAAGAGGCAACCUUCUGAGGAUCAUGCAAGAAACCACAGUGUGAAUUAGUAUUUAGCGAUUAUUUUUGUCUAUUUAUUUAUUUAUUUGUUUAGUUUUCACAAUUUGACUUCAUUUUUUUUUCUUAUUAAUUUGCAGAUUCAA